AUGUCGCAGUUCAGAUCGAAGAGGCUGGAUCUCAGCGGGUUUAUCAAUGCCCGCGUGAUCCGCGACCACACGAAGCGCAAGGUCUUCGAGCAAUAUGAGCCUGAUCGUCAAGCUCUCCGCUACAUCAUCCGCAACACUACCCUCCCCCAGCGAGUCCGUGCCCAGGCUCAGCUGCAGCUUUCUCAGAUGCACGCCUACACCCGGCCGACGCAGAUCAAGAACAGAUGUGUAGCAGGAGGAAUCGCCAGGAGUGUGAUACGCGAUUUCAGAAUUGCAAGAUAUCAAUUCCGUCAGCAGGCGCUUAAUGGUGAACUCCCCGGUGUGAAGAAGGCGAGCUGGUAGAGUUCUUCUAUUUUGCAGGUUGUAUUAUGUUGGCGAUUUUGGGACGGCCGGUUUGCACGCAGGCGUUUUAUCCUCCUUUCCUUCUCUGAGAGAUGUACAAUAGAUGCGAUGCUUGAUUGAGAAAUGUCAGUCAGUGAACAUUUGAGUCGUU